GCGGCACAACAGCGUCCGUCCACCAUCGCCUUUGUUGUUCAAAAUGGCGUUUACAGACAGCCCAGCUCCGACGGUGUGACAGAGAUUAUUCCUUACCAUUGCCCAGCUUUCACUCGCCGAGGUCAGGCAUUGGAGACACAAACCUCUUCUAAACCUCCUCCAAAGAUGUCUCUUGAGGUACCAGUGGUUUGCAUCACACCCCCUUCCCCUACCCCUGGUGAUUCUCAGGGUAAACCACCUGCAGAAAGUUCUCCUGAGAAGCCAAAUAAAGUGGAUGGAGACCCCUUGCAAUAUUUAUCAUGUGAGGUGCCAAAAGAGUCCACCAAACACCCUGCUACUGCUGCUGCUGCUGCAAGGGAAAGUUCUUUAGGUGUGGUGCCAAACAUAAUUCUCGAUCCUCUUAAGCAUAAUCAGGAGCCCACAGUAUUAGGGGACAGUGAAGAAUCAAGAAAGGAAGAUAAGGAGCAAAUAAAUGUACAAAUUAAAAGUCCUUUAGAUAAUUGUCCUGCAAACCACCCACUUACUGAUACAGAGAGAUCUGUAGAGAAGUCAAACACAAGAGCAGAGAUAUCCACUGAGUCUGCAUCAGAUAGUAUAACAACAUGUAAUGAAAGUUCUACGGAAAAAACAACCGGUGAAUCAGGAACUUCAUUAAAGACUUCUGAUGUAGUAGGAAAUAAUACAGAGGAAAGUAUUCCUAAUAGUGCUUCAUUAACAGAUAAAAAUAACACAGAUCAUGGGGCUGCAUUGUCAGACAAUAACACCAAGAGUAUUUCCCCAUCAAGUAAAAUUCAGACAAUGCCUGUUACAUCUUCUUUCUCAAGUUCAGUUGCUGAAGAAAAUAUCAAGGGGUUGGUCAGCUCAUCAUCUCAGGAACAGGUGCAGGCACUAGUAUCUGAGAACAGAGCACCUAAGGUACCUUUAGUUGUGACUGACAGGUCAUCAUCACUGCCAACAGUAUUCUCAGACCAGCAGUCAUCAAAAGUUCUAGCUGCAGCCAAUCAGUCUUCAGGCUCUCCACUGUCAUGUCCAAGUGCACUUGCGGACACUUUACUGUCAGUUUCCUCAAAAGAAGAGUCAGACUCUUCAGUAGUUUCUGACUGUAGUGUAUCACAGAAAGCUCAUUCAUCAAGAACAGUUCAGAAUUCAUCAAGUGAGUGUGGUGCCGAAGUUGAGCAGAGUGACAUAUCAAGUGAAAGAAGUAAAGAAAAGACAGCUGAUAGUAUGCCUGAUUCCAUAUCUGUAACAGAAAAGUUGAAGGAACCUCUAGAAAGUGAGGAUGUAGCUAAAGGGAGCAAGUUGACCAUUAAGAAAGUGGACGAAAUUAAUGACGGCCACGAGGUGAAUACGGUAGAAUCACCCAAGGUGUGGAGGGAACAGGAUGUUGCUCCCGAAGUGCCAGUGAAGACCAUUCCAGUGAUUGUCAAUGCAGAGGAGAGGGAACAGGUGAAAGUUGGUAAAAUCAGUGAAGUACAAGGGAACUUUGUAACUCCUGUAAUACCAUCCUCUCACAGUAGUGCCAUUGCUAGUCCAGACAAUGUCUCAUCAGUGGAUGCUGAACAAUUGCAACCUGUUACAAUUGGCAGCAGUUUACAGCCUCUAGAGGAGGUUCAGGAAGCUUCUGUGUCAGGUGAUCCGUCCUUUGCUGCAGCUGAUCUGGCACUGAUUGACAGCAGUGCAGAUGAAGCUGACAGUAUUGGUGGUUUGGUGAUCAACAGUGUUAUAGGUGCAGCUGAUGGGGUUGCAGACUUCCAUCCUGAUGAAAUGGAAACUGAUCGUGAGCUGACCGAUAUUAGUGCAUCAGCUCCACAUACUGUUGGAGAAAAUUGUGACAAUGCUGAUUCUAGUGAGGAGAUUGAACCCAGUGCCAAGCGAAUGAGAUUUGAGAAUGGAGCAGAUGACAUAGAGGAUAAAUUACAAACUUCUAGAAAUGUAAAUAUAAAGGUUUCCCCAAUAAAAAAUGGCCACAGCUUAUGGGACGCAUGCAAACUACGCCAAAUCUUGCUGGAAAAAGGAACUAUCAUCUUGAGGCUUCAUGCGUCUGUAGAUCACAUGGAAAUGAACGAUUCAGAUAAAGAAAAUAAAGAUGUGGACUUCACGGGCAUCAUGGUCGAAAUUAAAGACGAGGAUCAAGACCACAUACUGGGUCUCGCAUCACUGGAGCCAGAUGCUGACCUGUGUGACCCCCUUGCCAUUGGACUGACACACAACCUGGAUCAUGCAUCACCACCCCACUACAGCCGGGGGUACCCCCACCACCCUCGGGGCCGCUCCACAACACUACAACCAGCGAUGACCAGACCAGUUUUCAAGCAUCUGCAGUCUCCACCUCAUUCACAGCACUAUAUGAAGCAAGACCUUCUGGGCCACCCGCAACCUUUGGAGUUUGAGGAGCCGCAACUAGGAACAACAGAGUGGGCAGGCAUGGUUACCCACAUCGCGGAGUCUCCUGAGCCCCAGAAUUCUUCGAGCCUACUCAUGGAGGAGACUGCCUCAUCCUUGUCACCCAGAAUGGAACAGGUUCGAAGGAGGGUGAGGAAUGUCGGUCGUGUGAUAAGAAUGAAGAAGGUAUGUGAACAUUGUGGUAUGGCAUUUAACAAGUCCCACAAAUAUAUGCAGCAUCUGCGCACACAUAGGCCUCUACAGCAGUGUGAUAAAUGCAACUUCAAAACUAAAGAUCUGAAAAGAUUUAGGAACCAUCAGAUAUCCCACAAAAAGGAAAACCCAGAAGUGAAAUGCAAUCUAUGCAAUGAGCUGUUUGCCACAACCACCACACGGAGGAUACACAAGAAGAAGAUUCAUAAGGUCUUUGAAUGCAAGUACUGCUGUAAGGACUAUAUGCUUGAGGAAGAGAUGAUCAAUCACAUGACAGAGAGCCAUGGCCACAUUAGAGAUAGGCCUGGUUAUCUCACUGCAAGGGAAAUGAAGAACGUCAAGCCCGUCAACAUUUUUGUGGACCCUCCAUCUCCGGGCGGGAAAAGUCAGUUUGUGUGUCGACUCUGCAACAAAGAAACGAGGAACAAGUACCAGCUAAAAAUACAUAUAGCUCAACAUUUAGGGGUCUCUAGCAGCAAAAUUAGUGAUGAUUUUCUAAUUACACAAGAUGUUGAGCAAUUCAAUAGAGAUGGUGGUUCUGUUUCAUCUUUUGGCAGUGAUGAUAACACUGCUGAUGGUCCAAAGCUGGGGCAUUCAGAUUAUUUGUUUCCUCAGUAUAUGUCUGUGAAAAGGGAACCUGGAAGUGCUCUUGAAGAUGGUUUUGAGCAUAGAGGAACAAGUGCAGAUACCCAUAGUUUUGUCUCCAUGAGGUCUGAAACUUCAAGUAUAUCAUCUGUCACGUACAACUCUGACACAUCUCCAGCAGCAACCAUGCAAGAUCUAUUUCCAUUGACAACAAACAGAGCUGAAGAAAUUGAUAUCGAAGACACCCCUCUUCUUCAGAAAUUCUGGCUUAAAGAGGAACCAGAGUCUUGGAGUGAUAGCCAAAACACUUUAUUGAAUGAUAGUUCUGGUGUUAGAUGUGGUGUAUGUGAUAUUCAUUUCCUGGAUAUAGAGGAAUUGCAUAACCAUGUUCUUACAUCACACAAUAAGUUAAUUUACAGAUGUGGUCAAUGUGAACAAAUAUUCCCAAAAGCAGAAGACUUGUUUAAGCAUACAUUAACAGAACAUGGCAAAGCUGCAUGCACUACAAAACCAGAAAAUUUGGUAAAACCAUCACAACUAGAGCUCAAUAAAGUGCAUACAGUUCUUCCUGAAAAUAAACACACGCUACCAGCUUUUUACUGUGAAGUUUGUAGAGAACCGUUUAAGAGUGCCAAGAGGCUGCGAAAUCAUGAGAAAGUAAAGCACCGAAAAAUUUUCACCUGCCAAGCAUGUAAUGUGACACACUACCAGAGCACAAAAAUGAUUAGACACCAAAAACAGUGCCAUAAAGACAUGUUUCGAUGUCGAUACUUCUGUAUGGCUCUCUUUGAAACGGAGGCAGAACGUUCUGUUCAUCAUUUGAAAGUUCAUAAUAAAGAUGAUACCAAAGUAACUUGUCCAUACUGUAAAGUAGAAUAUCAGUAUGAAGGAAAUUUAAUGAACCAUCUUGACAGGUGCAAAAAUUGCCCACCAGAUAAAAGGCCUGCCCAUGUUUGUGGAAACUGCAAUAUUAUGUUUCCUAGCAUUGAACACUAUAAUGUUCACAUCAAGAACUGCAGACCAUGCAAAAAAGAUUCUGAGAAGACUAAAGCACAAAAUGAAGACAAAAGGAAAUACAAAGAAGCUGUUUGUGGUACAUCAAGUAAAGAAGAACUGAUUGAUGUUGAUCCUUUACAAGAUGCUGCUCCCAGAAAUGAUGCAAUUCCAGAGGUACCAGUUAACAGAACGAAAGAAGGUGUGGUACGUCCAAGCUUGGGAGACGAAGAUGAUGAACUGGAGCCCUUCGAUAUCUCUGUCAUAGAGAAUGUGCCUCUACAGCUGAAUCCUGUACAAACUAAGUGCAUCAAUGGCUCUCCAGGUGUAAAGUUCUUCAAGGUAUGUGAAUAUUGUGGCCGGGCAUUCAAUAAGAAAGCAGCUUAUAUUCAGCACCGCAAUUCACACAGACCUGUACAGCAGUGUAAAAAAUGCAAUUUUAAGACAAAAGAUGUUAAGAGGUUUAAAGAGCAUGUGGAUUCACAUGAAGAAAGUAAAAGAGAAGUCCAGUGCAACAUAUGUCCAAUGCAGUUUUCCACUAUCCUAAGUCGAAGAAACCACAAAAAGAAUGUGCACAAUGUAUAUGAGUGUAAUCACUGCUCAGUUGACUAUAUAUCAGAGAGUAAGUUAAAUGAGCAUAUCGAUGAUAGUCAUUUGCCAAGAAAGGGAGUGUAUGUUGCCAUAGAGAACGUAGAAAAUGGAGAAUCAUCAUCAAUGGUCUCUCAGGAGGCCUUCUCAUCUUCUAGUCCCAAAAAGUUUUUGGUUUGUCGCCUGUGUAAUAAGGAAACACGAAAUAAAUAUCAGUUGAAGAUACAUCUUGCCCAACACUUAGGAGUUUCAAGCAGCACAAUUACAGAUGACAAUUUGCUCUUAGAAGAUGUCAAACGAUUUGCUUGGGAUGAAGAGAAUGAAGUUCAUAACCAUAGUGAAAAUAAUGCUGUCUACAGGAAUGUAGAGUCGGAAGGAGCAGGUCAUGAUUCAGUAUUGUCUUCAGAAGUACAUAAAGAAGUUAUAUUGCGAGAUGGUGAACUCGAUAGUAUUCAGCUACAAGGAAAUUUGAUAGUGAAGGAAGAACCAAUAGAAAUAGAUCUAGUUGAGAAACAGCACGAUGUAGAACCUACAAGAUACCAAGCACCUGUAAUUUUUCCAAAAAGGGUAGGAAGGCCUAUGGUUAUGUUGACUUGUGACCAGUGUGGUGAUACAUUCAAAUCUCCCAAAGCUCUGAGAAAUCAUCAGAAGCUAAAGCACAAACGACUAGUUAAAUGCCCAGCAUGUAACAUAACCCGAGUCAACACAAAGAAAAUGUUAGCUCAUCAGAAGACAGCCCAUAAAAACAAAUUCAGGUGUCAUUUUCACUGUUUGGCACUCUUUGAUACAAGAAAAGAGUUAUCAUCCCAUCACUUAAAAAUACACAAGAAGGAUGAUUCAAAAUUAGUGUGCAGAUAUUGUAGGCAGAAUUACCCAAGAGGAACUUACAUGAACCACUUGAAGCACUGUGAGGAGGACCCUCUGAUGAGAAGAGCACCCUGUAUUUGCAGUCUUUGUGAAGCCUCAUUUAGUUCUGCCGAUGAAUUAACACGUCAUUCAAAAUGCUGUGGUCCUAAGAUUCCAGAGCCUGAAAGCAGCAGACCAGUUGGGAAAGAAGUUGUAGAUGUAAACACAGAUGAGGCUGAAGAUAAGGUUUCCAAAACUAAAGAAGAAAAAACUGUUUCAAGUAAAAGCAAACCAGUUGAGAAGGAAGAUGUAUAUUUAAACACAGAUGUGACUGAAGAUAGCAUUCCCAUAAGCAAAAAAGAAGAAACCGUUUCAAGUAAAAGUCUGCAAUCUACUAUUUUGAAGGAGAAGGUAGUUACUGAUUGUAUAUCUCAGGCACAAGGUAAUGUAAUAACAGAGAAAAUAAAAGAAGCAGCACAACAUAAAGUUGGACCUCAGAGAUGCAAAUAUUGUUCAAAAACAUUUGAUACUGUAGAUGAUGGCAUUAAUCAUGUAUUAUGUUCUCACAGAGUCUUGAUUUCCAACAUCACAAAGGAACCAAGAAUGUGUCACCUCUGUGGGAAAAAUUUCCUUUCAGGUUUAGCACUCUGUAAGCACAUUCUCAAGCACUACAGUGAUACUGGCUUAUGGGAUUCACUUGUCCCUCCAGAUCUGAACAUGGAGACGGUAAGGAGCAUCUGUUGGAUAUGUAAAACCAAGGGUAUGGUGAAUCACAGGUACCAUGCUACACGUAGGGAUAACUUUAUUGAAAAACUGUUAACCACACGAUAUAUAGAACCAGAUAGUAAUGAUAUAUAUCACUGUUCUGCUUGUGAUGAAGGUUUUCAAAGCAGAUUUGCCUUUUGGAAGCACAUCAAACUCCACAUGUCAAAAGCCUUUUUCAAGAAUGCUGAAGGUGGAAAGCGUUUUAAGUGCACAAGAUGCCCAUUAAAGUUCUUGAAGAAGUCUCAGCUCUAUGGACACAUUGCAACUCAUCUCCUUGACCCACACAUUACUCAGGGUGAAGAAGACUGUGUGGAGGAUGGCGGGGAUGAGAGAUGCGAACCUGAUGAAGUGAGUUAUAGAACAUUAGGAGGGGCCAAAAACUCUAUCGCUCAAAACAAGCUAAUGGUUAAACAUGCUAUAUUGGCUGGUAAGCUGUCAUCAUCUCAGGUUCCCCAAAAGUGCAAACGAUGUCGUAAAAAGUUUAAAUCACUGGAGGAUGCAGUGGAGCAUGUUUUUACCACACAUAAAACGAUCCUCGGAAACAUGAUGGAUGACACCCAGGCUUGCCAUGUCUGUGACAAGACUUUUAUGAAGCCUAUGAUUUUAUGUAAACACCUUCUAAUUCACUACCGUGAACUAAAUAUGCUGGACGACCUAGUCCCAAGAGAUUUGUUAAAGAGAACCAAAGAUCGGAGAUAUUGUUGGAUUUGUAAUAAUAUGCUUGGGAGAAAAGCAUCAAGACAUAUCAAUAUGCGUAAUAAUGUGAUUGAAAAAAUUUUGUCUAAUGAGAAUGAAGAACUUAACGAGGAGGAUUUUCCAUGUUCACUCUGUGGCGAUGUGUGUACUACAAGAUAUAAUUUUUGGAAACACAUUGUUCUUCACAUGUACAAAUUUCCCAAAAAGUUCAAGAAGGUUAGUGAGUCUUCAUCACCUAAUAGUAUAGAAACUUCAAAGGAAUUGCGAUGUAGUGACUGCUCUCUAAAAUUUAAUGAAAAAACAGCUUUGAACAAACAUUUAGCUACUCACUUUCUACUGCCUUACACAGGACAGGAAAUAGAGGAAGAAAAGACUAUUCCUGAGAAGAUGGAAGUUAUUCUUGAUAACAAGGAUGCAAUUCCUUGUAUAGAAGAGAUUAUUCCUGAUAAAACAGAUGAGCCAGCAUACAAAGAGAGUAAGCCAAGUGAGAAAAAUCAGGCAAGUAACAAUACCAUUAGACUCAGAAACAAAGUCCCAAAGCUUGGAGAUAGCUCAGAUUCUUCUCAGCAAUGUACUUGUUGUUCAGAGAUAUUCCAGAAUACAGAUGAAGCUGUCAGACAUGUCAUAUCUUUGCACAAGGCAGAUAUAAAUCAAACGAUCUGUCAACCUUUUAAGUGCCAUAUGUGUGGCACUGUAUUUAAGAGCACAUGGUGCUUGUGUAAGCACUUAUCAAAGCACUACAGUAAUCUAGGUAUGUGGGAUGCUCUGGUACCUCACGAUCUUUUAGAUAGCUAUGACCUAAGGAAUCAGUGCUGGAUAUGUAAGGGCCAGCUAGAGAAGAACUAUACAGAUCACAUAAAUAAGAGAAAUGUAGUCAUUGAAAAACUGUUGUUAACAAAAUUAAAUCAAACUGAGGAUAAUGAAGAUUUCAAAUGUUCUUUGUGUAAUGGAUUUUAUAAAGGCAGAUUAACUUUUUGGAGACACGUUCAACUCCAUUUGUCCAAAGCUCCAAUCAAAGUAAGAGGAAAAAGGGUUGUAAAGCCACCACUUAAUAUAAUUGAUUACGAGAAUCAUCAAUUUAGCUGUAAUGAAUGUUCUCUGUACUUCCUUGAUGAACGGGAACUGUAUGAACACCUGGCAACUCAUUUCAUAUGUAAGUAUGAAGAAAUGAAGGCAAUUCAGAAUGGCAGCGAAGAUUCACAGUCUAACCUCAGUUUUGGGGAGGAACUUGAACCAUUAGUCCAAAUUGAAUUACCAGCCAAAAGGAAAUUAGGGGAAGGAGAGGGUAACAAGUUACGUGUAUUGAGCGACAGACUAGGUGACAGUAACCAGCGAAAAAAGCGGAAGGUCUUCAAGACUGGAGGAGAUGGAGAAAACGAAGAGCAAGAGAACACAGAAUGGGAAAUUGAAGAGGACACAGACAUAGAGGAAUCUGAGAGUGAAUGUGAUAUAGAGUCCAUGGAUGAAAUAGAGACUGAUGAUGAGGUUGGAGAGGAAACAGAUGAAUAAUUGAGGACAAAGAGUACAUAUGGAAAAAUAUGUUAAGUGAACCUUUUAUGUAUGUAAAUAUAUAUAGGUAUAGUUUUAAAAUAUCAACUGAAAUUUAGGUGAUUUGAUAGGGAAAUGAAACUGAGCAGCAUAAAUGUGUAUUAAAACAUACACAGGCACACCACAUAAUGACCCACACAUAUACUGACACAGACAGACAUACACAUAACAGGUAGACACAUGCUCAUAGAUAUACACACUCAUAUACUGACAUAUCCAGAGAAAGACACAAAUGCACACACACACAUAGGUGUGUGUGUUUUCAUAUAUGUAUAUGUGACCUGAUACACAGAUAUGACUUUGCAGAACUUUGUGAUUGUUAUAAAGAAAAAAUAUGUAGGAGUAGUAUAUCAAGAUCUGUGAUGAUCAUCUAAUUCUUAGUUAUCAUUAUGAAUAAAUCUUGUUUUGUAUUUUCUAAAGUUAGAGUGUAGAGGCACAUCA